CCAUAGCGUGGGAUUGAAGUUGUCCAGUUAGCGCUUCCGCCCGGACCGUUCGGCACCGCUCUUGAGGGAACGAGGCGCUCCUCAUUCGCGGGUUUGGCCGGCAUGGCCCCUAAACUACCAGAUUCUGUGGAGGGCCUCCGCGCUGCUGGCAACGAGAGCUUCCGCAGCGGCCAGUACGCCGAGGCAUCCGCGCUCUACGGCCGCGCUCUGCGGCUGCUGCAGACGCGAGGUCCUUCAGAUCCUGAGGAGGAAAGCAUUCUCUACUCCAACAGAGCAGCAUGCCACUUGAAGGAUGGCAACUGCACAGACUGCAUCAAAGACUGUACUUCGGCACUGGCCUUAGUUCCCUUCAGCAUGAAGCCCCUGCUGCGGCGAGCUUCUGCCUUUGAGGCUCUGGAGAGGUACCCUCUGGCUUAUGUCGACUAUAAGACUGUGCUGCAGAUUGACAGUAGUGUCAUGUCAGCCCUGGAAGGCGUCAACAGAAUGACAAGAGCUCUCAUGGACUCCUUUGGGUCUGAAUGGCGCCUAAAGCUGCCUGCUAUCCCUGUGGUGCCUGUCUCAGCCCAGAAGAGGUGGAAUUCCUUGCCUUCAGAGAACCAUAAAGAGACAGCGACAGGCAAAUCCAAAGAAACAGCAGCUACAAAGAACAAAGUGCCUUCUGCUGGGGAUGUGGAGAGAGCCAGAGCUCUGAAGGAAGAAGGCAAUGAGCUUGUAAAGAAGGGCAACCAUAAGAGAGCUAUUGAGAAGUACAGUGAAAGCCUCUUGUUUAGUAACCUGGAAUCCGCCACGUACAGCAACAGAGCACUCUGCCAUCUGGUCCUGAAGCAGUACAAGGAGGCAGUGAAAGACUGUACAGCAGCCCUCAAGCUGGAUGGAAAAAAUGUGAAGGCAUUUUACAGACGUGCUCAAGCCUAUAAAGCACUCAAGGACUACAAAUCUAGCCUUGCAGACAUCAGCAGCCUCCUACAAAUUGAGCCCAGGAACGGCCCUGCACAUAAACUGCAGCAGGAAGUUAACCAGAACCUGAAAUGAAAACUCAAAAAGGCAGCAGGAACCCUCUACCUGACCUUCCCAGAAAAGCCAGGGCCUCCCCUCCUGUCUCCCCUGAGCCUAGCAUGCCCCAGAGGGAGUGCGCAAGCAUCCCUACCCAGUUCCUUGGAGGCAGCAGCUGUUCAUCCCUUGUGGGGUUUCACUUGUUCGAAUUAAGCCCAUUGUUAUCAAGCACAGACAUUUUGCUAGAGCUCCUCAGUCAUGCUAAAGGGCGAGGCUGGAGUGCGGUCCUCAUCCUUCAGACAGGAUCACGCAGGUCCUCACUAGCAAAACAUUUAGCUUUGUUCUUGCCCCAUGUGUGCUAGACUUGAGUGCUGCCUGUAGCUUCAGCAGACCACCCUGUUCUUUGCAAUUAAUCUGCACAGACUAUGCCUGAGUGGGGUGUAAAUGAAAAGUCCCGCCCACCAACACGGAGCAAGCAGCUUGUUGAGCUGGACCCCCAGGGCUGCCGCCAUCCCCACCCAUCAUCAUCCUGGGCAGUCUUUGCGUCUAAGCCCCAGUGCCUUUAGUCCUGCCCCUUUGGUGGGUGGGCAGAGCCCUGCCCCUGGGAGGCUCUGUCUUUGACUCUGCUGCUGCUGCCGUCUGCAUGGAGGAACCAUCAAGACCCCAGUAGUCACGGCUGCUCCUUGAGGGGAUCAGUGUCCUUCCAUCUUGGGCAGGAAUCCUGCCUUUUUCUCCCAGCAGUGGCCCCUCCUACCUUAGUUCUUUGUACCACUUUCAUUUGAAGUGACUGGGUUUGUUGAACUGUGUAAACUAUUGCAUUAAAAAGUUUUCUUUCACCCACAUCUGUUGUGCAUACCUCUUCAGAUACCUUUUCUGCUUUGUGGCUGGAACUUUGUAAUGGUAAUAAAAAUUACUGCUGCUUGGGUU